GCAGACGAACUACCAAGCAUGCGUCCUUGCGCUUGUCGGAGGAGAGAAUACGAGAAACUGGGUGCUUGUCAAAAUUAUCAAUGAUCAGAUGGUUUACAAAAUCCCAACGAGGUAAAACGGUCAUAGCUUGACAAACGUGUACCUUCAAGGUCACGUUUCUGUGAUCGCACAUAUUGUCUGCUUCGUUGAAAACACAGUGAUUUGGCACAGGGACCUUAUCUCAAGCUAGCCAGCUCUUCAGUACACUUAGCGGACUAUGUUGAUGAUAACCCAUGUGUAUCAGCCUGCUUCCACACCAGCCUCAUCCUGAACCUCUGAUCGGACAUUUCAAGACGUGAAAAUCAAAAUUUUGAAAAUGAAUUCAACAAAUCAUACUGGAAACUCAACUGGACCCGUCGAGGUGUCUUUUGAAAACCUAUACCCGGCCAUUCUGCAAUGUUUCGUCAUCAUCCUUGGUGGCUACAUCGCCGGUCGUGCAAGCAUCAUCACCAGCACGCAGGGUAAAGGUAUCGGGGCGUUUGUCUCCAACUUCUGCCUCCCGGCUCUCCUCUUCAAGAGCAUGUGUGAGCUGAACUUCAGCUCCGUCAACUGGACAUUUCUCUGGAGUAUCUUGAUUGCCAAGACUGUCGUGUUUGUCGUCGUGGCUCUUGUGACCCUGGUUGUAAAGAGACCUCUGAAUUUGGGCUGCGCUGGACUGUAUGGUAUAUUCAGCACACAGAGCAAUGACUUCGCUCUGGGAUACCCCAUAUUACAAGCACUGUAUCAGAACAACCACCCCGACUACCUGCAGUACAUCUACCUUGUCGCCCCCAUCUCCCUGGUCUUCCUCAACCCGCUCGGCUUUGUGUUGAUGGAAAUACACAAACGACGCACCGAAUCAGUGGACUCGACUCGCUCCACACGUCAGCUAAUCUGGCACGUGUUCAAAGGAAUCGUCACAAACCCCAUUGUUUUCAUGACAGCUAUCGGGAUAGCAGGAAACUUCAUCUUCAAGCAACACGUGCCUCACAUACUGGAUGACAUUCUGACAGUUCUAGCGGAUGCCUAUAGUGCAGCUGCGCUGUUCUAUCUUGGCCUCAGUCUGGUGGGGAAGGUGAAGAGUCUCACCGGCAUCGCGCUCCUCGGACCAGUCCUCCUCAUCGGUGCAAAGUCACUCUUGCUUCCGCUAAUAACAUGGGAGGUGAUUGGCUGGCUAGAUAUGCGAUCCACGUGUAAUGAAAGCGAGGCUCUCAGCAUGUAUGGCUUCCUGUAUGGCACAUUCCCAACAUCGCCCUCUGUCUUCCUCUACGCCAGUCAGUACGGCUUCGCACAGGAUGUGGUUGCAACUGGCAUGGUGGCUGGCACGUUCAUCUCUGCACCCCUCAUGUUUGUGUCGGCCAAGAUGAUGACAGUGGUGGUCAGCAACGAGUUGGACUACAAGGCCCUCCUCCUCGACACCAACUUCGACACUAGCAUCGUCAGCAUAGUCUGCUGCGUGUGGGUGAUGGGGGUGUUCAUUCUCAGCGGCAAAUGGCGACGUUGUCCACAUAGAUUCACUCUCUGUCUCGUCUUUUCUCAGCUGGUGUCGUGUGUGGGGAUGUCGAUGUACAGCAGCGCUACCACAGUCCACACGUGGCAGGAGUAUCUCCAGAUCACGCUGCUGCUGGUGGGCGUGUUCAGCACCCGCACAUGGACUGCCGUGGUGUCUGUCGCGCUGUGUCUUCUCCAUGUACGGGGACUCUGCUUCCUGCUUCGUAUUCAAGUCUGGCUCUUUCUCUUUGGAUUUGGAUUACCGUUCUUGGUUGUGGGGUGUCUGUUCCUGCUCGGCCACGACCAGAUGGUGCAUGAGAUAGACCCUUCCUUUCACAUGGGGGAGGUGCAGAUGAUAUUGGGACCCAAAAAUCAACAUCGGGAUCUUGCACUGUUAAUGUCUAUGGUGUCAAUUCUAGUCUUGGUUCUUGGCCUUGGUAUUUCAAUCUUUGCAUUGGUCAUCCGUCAGAGAAAUGACCGAUUGUAUGUGGUGGAGAGCAGGGUGAAAUCAGAGAGAACACCCGCAACCGGAAACGGUGUCCAGCAGACAGAGAGAAGUUCUGUCAAGAGUACUCCCAAACUCAGUGACGACAACAACUCCACACCAACUCAGUAUGACUCUUGUAGUGGAGUUUCCAGAGUGCCAGGCAUAGAGGACAUUAUUCCAUUCCCCAGUGCCGCUAAAAGAGAAGAUACCAGCAGCGUCUCAUCCGACCAAUCAGAAGGUUCCGAUACCACGCUGUUCUCCAGCAUAGAUGAGCGUACAUGUCUGACCGGACGGUGCAGUACAAGCCAGAAGCGACAGUGUAUCGGUCGACUGCGAACCUACAUGAAGAGCGUCAAUGUUCAUGCUCAUGACCCACAGGCAGAGACGCAUCAGCCAACAUACUCCGCGUUGCAAGAGGAAUACCAGACUGGACACCAUCUUGUGUUGCUGCUGCUGUUGAUAUUGUCCAUGUUCAUUGGUUUAUUUUUGUGUGUGUGGCGAUUGUUCAACAGUCAUCCUACCGGAAUCUACAUCGAGAUUGAGUUUCUGGACGGUGUUUUCAAUUAUGGGCAGGGAUUCUUAUCGUUUGCCGUGUUUGGGUUUGACACCAAACUCAUGUUUGCUCCUAUAAUUAGAAGAUACAUAUCUCGAUACAGGUGGAUCAAUAUUCUUUAUGUUAGAGCAAGACGUAUCAUUUAUGGAGUCGAGAUCGUCCAGCUGCCGAAACGGGAUGAGAUCAGUGAGGAGACACAAAAUGUUUGUGAUCAGUUCAAAGAAUAUCACAAAGAAAACUGUGAGAAGCAAAUUGUCAGAGAUCAAAGAUACCGGUUAAAGAAGUACCACAAUGUAUUUACUGGAAACGAGCUUUGUGAUUGGCUGAUAAAAGCUGGGCUUUGCCGAGACCGUGGGAAUGUCUCGUAUGGCCGCAACCUGGUCCUGGGGCGCUGUAUUUCUCAUGUGACGGGAGAACACCACUUUCAUGAUUUGCCCUACUUCUAUAAAUUCCUCAACAUUGAUGAUUAUGUUCCGUGUUAGAAGACAACGGGAAGCGGACAGUUACAGCAGUCUCAACUGUGAUAAUCGACUUGGUUAUUUUGUCGUCAUCUGUUUGAAUCAGUCCACUCAGUGCUUUGCUAUUACACAGGAACCGCCACUCUUGAUCAGCUGCCUUCAGCUGUCUUAUCUGUCCAGGCAUUGCUGGAUGAGCUGAAUUGAGGCAUUACAUUUACUGUUUAAGAAAAACACGAAGGCUUUGAGAGAGCUAUUGUUUACUGUGAUGCAAUAAUGCUUAGAAGGGACACUGGCAUAUCACACUAAAUUCAGAGCAUUAAAAUAUAUCAAAAUCAUUAUGAUACCUUACUUUAAUGCUGACAGUACACUAACUCCAUCAAGAUACUAUUUAUAUGAAAACAUCUCCAGUCUGAUACUCUUGGCCUCGCCAGGUGAAACUGUCCUAACAAGAAGUGUAGCGGAGUCUGUAUCUGAUGCUGCAGUCAAACACUGUCAGGAUAAAAUGGUUUGACUUGAC